UGCCGGAGAGUUGGCCGCAGCGUCCGCGCUAGAUGGCUUUGGGUCUAGUGCACCAGCGUUCCGGCGCAAUGUUCAAGCUCCGAAGCAAGCAGUAGAAUGUACGAAGACACUCGCCGAACACUCCCACGCUGAUUACAAAUCGUUGCGAUACCGAUCUUGUGAUAUCGACUUUCCGCCGCUGGAACCGCCCAAUCACUAUGGCAGACGCCCGCACGUUACUGCGACAGCAACGAGCUGCGCGAGACCAGGCCAAGAAGGCGCAGAAGCAGGCCGCGGCGCCAGUCUCGAGGAAACGGAAAGCCGCAGACGACGGCCCAGAGGAGAAGAAAAGGUCGCGCACAGAGGAGGAGGCUGGCGUUCCAGCAGGAUUCUUCGACGUCGGCGCACAGCCAGAAGAACCACAGCCCGACGAUGCGCUCGAGGAACUGCUCGAGACACCGCCAGAACCGCCGCUCGCCGAACCUGUGAAGCUCACUCCUACACCGCUCGAUCCCACAGCCGAGGCAGAGCUCGAUGCCUUCUUGACCGAACUCAACAAGGAGCCGGCACCACAGCCGCAACACACAUACGCUUCCGGCGCGGUGAUAGAGGCGGCGCCAAUGACAGCGGCCGAACUGGCUGCACAGGCCCGAGAAGAGCAGAGCGCGCAGCGCGCACGGAAGGACGAGGACAUGGAGGCGGAGAAGGAGGAGGCAGCCAGAGCGCUGGAGGACGAGUUUGAGGAAAUGGAAGGCCUGGACGAGAGGGUCAAGAGGCUGCGAGAACAGCGCGAGGCACUGCGCAGUCAGUCUGCGCAGCUGCCGGCGCCAACAGUGACAUUACCGGUGCAACCGCAGUCCGAGGACGGGGAGAGCGAGUCUGAAGAUGACGAAGACUGGGACGACUGGCGAUUUCGUCCCGCGUGAAGUGCUCAUAGGCGGCGAAUGAUGUGCCUAUAAAUUAGCGUUGUACAACAAAAGCAUUAGACUAUGAUACCCGAGGCGGCUGUAGCAAGCCAGGCCUCCAUGUUGCGUAGAUGUUUGGCCCAGCAGGGCGCCCCCUGCAGCAACACGAAGUAUCCAACACGAAGUACACUUCUGCA